AAUUAAAUUAAAACCACUCAAACGUAGAAUUGAAUGGAGCAACAUCAUCGAUUGAGUUGAGUUUAAUAGUUGGAAUUUAAACCAAAACAUUGCGCCAGCAAGCCACAGUCUGAUCGCAGACAUUAAGCAAAGUGGAAGUGGAGUAUUUGUUUUGAAUUUAAAGAAAAAGACUAUUUUUGAGUAAACACUAAAAUCACUAAAACCAAACAUUACGAGAAGCGUUGUAUUUGUACUCGAAUAGAAUUUUUAAUUAAUUUGUUUUUGCUUCCAUUAUUGUUGUCAUUUAAUUAAGUGUAAAUUACUUAACUGAAAUAUUACCAAACCAUCAUCGCGUCACGACCUUUAAAGUUAAACGCCUAACAAAUUAAUUUAUUAUUACUGCUAUUUAGUCAGUGAAAGUAUUAUUAUUGAUUUUCGUUUAUUUUGGAUUACGCGCUAGUCUUAUUCGCCAGACAAGUUCAAUCAUGGAUGCAGUAAAAACUUUUUUCGCAACUAAUAAACCAUCAUACUCGAACAGCAAACAACAAACAGGAUUUGGGGUUUCUAAUAGCAAUAAUGGGUCUAAUACUAUUGGUGGUGGUAACUCUGAUGGCAAAAUAAUUCACGAUAUUAAAAGAAAAGACAGUGAUAGCUAUUUUUAUAUAAUGUGGCGAUCUUAAUUUGAGAAAAAUGGUGUGAUCAUAACAUAUUAGAUGUUUACUUAAUUUUAAAAUAAAUAAGUGAUAUUAUUUUAUGGAUUUAAAUUUAUAUAUAUAAGAAAAUAGAUGUAAGAAAAUUAAUUUUACAAAGAAACAAAACAAAAAAACAAUUUUGCCAUUUUAAAUUAAAACAAUUUAAUAUUAAUGGAUCUACUACUAAUGUCAAUUUUAAUUUGGACUAUCUUUUUAAUUGUUUUUGGUCCCAUUAUUUUUGUUUUGUGCAUUUAUUUACCUGAAAUUCCGUUUCGAAUUAUAAGAAAUGGUCGAUUGAUGUAGUCUUUUUGAUAAUUACACAUAAAGAAUUUGUAUUUUAGAUUCUUGAACUUUGAUUGUAUUAUAAAUUAGUUUUAUCAAAAAGUAAUGCAAAAAUCAACAAAUAAAUUCUAUAUUUUUCAAAAAACAAAAAGGAGCAUUUUAUUAUUUUAACAAAACAAAGAUACUAUUGAAGAAUUCAUCUUAUUUGACUUUCGAUAGUAAAAAUCAAAAAUUGAUCCUAUCCUUGAAUAAAAAUUCAGUUCAAGAUAUUUUUUUUUUCAUAACAAAAUAUUAGUAGAAUUUUUGAACAAAAAUGAACUAUCAAGAAAUACCAAAAGAUGAAGCUCUGCAGACGGCGUACUGGGCUUACAAACCAUCAGACCAAACGAUUGCUUUAAAAAGCGAACAAAAUCGUUUAAUUUUUGCAGAAAAUUUCAAUACCACAAGAGUUCUACCACUAAACACUUUGUGUCUCAUAUUUUUGGCACAAAACUAUCAAACCCAUCCAAUAAACUUGCCAUCAAAAAUUUCAGCAAUUCAAUUAAGAACUUUCUAUGAUUUUAUUGAUGAAAAUAUACCAAUUGAAAAAUGUAUAAAUAUUAACGACGAAUACUUCUGGAAAAGACUUUAUUCAGCAAAGUGCACUGAUAAAAUGCUUAUUAAAAAAAGAGGCCAGCAAAAAGAUGUUUCAUGGAAGAAUUUGUCAAUAACACUCAAAUAUAUUGAACUAAUCGAAAAUACACCCUAUGAGGUUUGGAUUACUGAAGAAAUGGAAGAAAUUACAAAAAAUAGUUCACCUUACGUUACCGAGUUGAUUAUAAAACAGCUUCAAGCCAAGCGCGAUUCAUCAUUUAAAAAGCAGACGGAGGGAUCAAGAUCUAGCGUAUCUGAAAAAUCAUCUUCGACCUUAACCGAUGAAGAAACUAAAGAUUCGGAUUCAAAAUCAAAUAACAUAAGAGAAGAUUUUCCAUUAGAAGACUGUCAUCACGUGGACCUCAGUAUAUUGGGAAGUCUUUGCAACUUAACUUCUUUGAAUAUCGCAUUUGCUCCUCCAAAACUAGACAGAAAUUAUCACGAUAGAUUCUUCAACUUUUCCUAUGUUGACAUCCAGAAUUUGGCAAGGGGAAUUUCAGAAUUGAAAAACCUUCGUGUGUUCAAACUUCGAGGAAGUCGUAUGGAUAGUAUAAAGUUCUCUACAAUUCUUGAAGCCUUGCAAACAAUAUUUGUAGAAGAACUGGAAUUUUUUUUCUGCCAAUUAGAUGAUAAUUGCGGAGAAGCUCUGUACAAGUAUUUACUAUCAACGAAGACACUCAACCAUCUUGAUCUUACAGGAAACUAUUUCAAAGAUAAAACUAUUGAUUACCUUUCGGAUGGUCUCAAGAGAAGCUACUCCAAACUAACUCACCUUUUUUUAUCAAAUAAUCCUAUAGCUGAUGAAAGCUUGUGUAAACUAACAAAAACUUUAGAAGCCUAUGCACAUUUAAAAAUUUUGAAGUUAUCAGGAAUAAAAUGUGAUAAUCUCGGAGCUUCUGGAAUAGUCAGGUUGGUGAGACAAAAUACACCCCUGGUUCAAUUGGACAUAAUUGCAAUACGAAUGAACGGUGAUGACCUUAUUGCAGCUUUGAACAGAAACCUUAAAAUACAGCAGAUAAUUUGUCAAGGAUGUGGUUUGACUUUAGAGGAGGAAUUCAAUGUUGAAAUUCUUUUGAAACGAAAUCGGUUCAUUAAGGAAAAUCCGUAUAUUGGAGACAUUACGAAAACCAAAGAAGAUGAUUUUAAUGCCUUUAUAAAUAGAAUAAAAGAUCCAAUUUAUAUCAAGACAUUAGAAGACAAGGAAAUACACAAAGAAUGUUCUAGAAAAAAGUAUCUUACUGAUAUUGAGACAUUAAAUGAAAAGGAAGAACGCAAAGAAAAACAACAACAACUACAUGAAGUCUCUAAAUAUGCUUCAACGGAGAGUGAUUUAAAACAUCAAAUUUAUAUUAAGGCACUAGAAAAAGAUUAUGUUGGGGAAAAAGAAUAAUUGGAAUUACAUCUCGGAAACAGCGUUCAAUGUUUAUUAUUAUUAAAUUAGUAGCGAUUUUUAUUGAAUUUAAAUAAAUAUAAAAAAUGCUUAUGUUUAAGA